AUGGCUUUUCGAGCUCGGCCUUUAUCAUUGUUGCGCUCGCGCGCUGGCACUCGUCUACCUAUUCGCAGGUCGCAAGGGUUGGCGACUGUGGCUGAUGGUACACAACCAUAUGACGUUAUCGUUAUUGGAGGUGGACAUGCCGGUGCAGAGGCAUGUGCCGCAGCAGCUCGCUCAGGAGCGCGAACGGCGCUGGUCACGCCCUCGCGCUCGAACAUCGGAGUGUGUUCGUGCAAUCCUAGUUUCGGCGGAAUAGGAAAGGGCACGAUGAUCCGCGAGAUCGACGCAAUGGACGGAGUUGCGGGACGAAUCAUUGAUAAAGCUGGCGUUAUGUUUCGUGUUCUGAACCGCUCUAAGGGUCCUGCGGUCUGGGGGCCCCGAGCCCAGAUUGAUCGUGACUUGUAUAGGAAGUACAUGACUGAGGAGCUGGUCGGCACGGAAAACCUCAGCAUUGUCGAAGGCAAGGUUGCCGAUAUUGUUGUCUCAAAUGAGGGCGUGGAGAGCACACCUGGUGCCGCCCAGGGGAAGAUUGUUGGUGUCCGGUUGGAAUCUGGGGAGGUUAUUCCUACAGGCCGAGUGGUCAUCACAACGGGUACUUUCCUUGGUGGUGAGAUUCACAUCGGUAUGAAGGCAUACCCAUCCGGGCGAAUGGGCGAGGCUCCAACAUAUGGACUCAGCAAGUCUCUAUGCGAUGCGGGAUUCUCGCUGGGUCGGUUGAAGACGGGGACACCGCCGCGCUUGGACAUGAAGACGAUUGAUUUUUCUGGGUUGGAGGUGCAGCGUGGUGACUCGCCGCCUAUGCCAUUCUCUUAUCUGAACAAGACUGUCGAGGUUGGGGACGAGGGCCAGCUGACAUGCUGGAUGACGCAUACAAACGAGGCAUCCCACGAGAUAAUUCGACAGAACCUCGACAAGUCGAUCCACAUCCGGGAAACCGUUCGCGGACCACGAUACUGCCCGUCCCUAGAAUCGAAGAUUAUUCGAUUCACGGACAAGACGCGGCACCAGAUUUGGCUCGAGCCCGAGGGCUUUGCGCCUAAUGAGGUGAUCUACCCGAACGGUAUCUCGAUGACAGUGCCGGAGGACGCUCAGUACGCUAUGCUACGCACAGUCCGCGGUCUUGAAAAUGUGACUAUGCUGCAGCCAGGCUAUGGAGUAGAAUACGACUACAUCGACCCGCGCAAUCUGCGAUCAACGCUAGAAACUAAGCUGAUCAGCGGCUUGUAUCUGGCCGGUCAAAUCAACGGCACUACAGGAUACGAGGAAGCAGCCGGCCAGGGCAUCAUAGCCGGCAUGAACGCCGGCCUGGAAGCACAGAACCUCGCCCCUCUAACACUCACCCGAUCGGAUGGAUUCAUCGGCAUAAUGAUCGACGACCUAAUCACAAAGGGGGUAUCGGAGCCAUACAGAAUGUUCACAACAAGGAGUGAAUACCGCAUCUCAACACGCUCCGACAACGCCGACCUCCGCCUAACACGCAAGGCCCGCGCCGCAGGUGUGGUCUCUGACGCACGCUGGCACGCCUUCACCUCAACAGAAGAGCAAAUCCAGCAUCUGCAAACCUUGCUAGCAAACACCAAGAUCUCCUCCUCAGCCUGGUCACGCAAAGGCUUCAAAGUGCGCGCUGACACCUCAAUCCGCUCAGCGCUCGACAUUCUCUGCCUAGACGGCGCAGACAUCAACGCCCUCAUCCCGCACAUAGAAGGUCCGCCCAGCACAGCGUACGUACCCUCAUCGUUUGCGCCGGAGAUCCGCACGCGCGUGGCCAUAGAGGGACGUUACGCGCCGUACCUGAAGCGACAGGAGAAAAUGGCGCAGCGGUUCCAGCAGGACGAGAAUUUGCUGUUACCAGCUGAUCUUGACUAUGCCGUCAUCCACGGAAUCAGCAAUGAGGAGAAACAGGCGCUCGAGCGCGUGCGACCUACUAGUGUUGGUAUGGCGCGCCGUAUUGAGGGCGUUACCCCUGCCGGAGCUUUGCGACUGCUCAUGCAUGUUCGGAAGGGGACUGGGUUUACGAAGGAUGUUUCCGACGAUGUGGCUGAUAUCUUGCGUUCAUCGUCUUGA